AUGUCUACCUCUCCGGGGCCUGACGCCCCAAGCCCGCAGAAGACCUCAACUCCCGCUCCACCCUCAACAUCCCCGCUUUCCACAGCCAUGUCCAUGUCGCCGACGCCAAAUCCAGGCACCUCCAUGUCCCCUCCGCCGCUACCACCUGCGUCCAUCCCCACAACGACCACCUCGACGCCCAUCAACGACAUCCUCUCCAUAAACCGCGUCAUGGACUGCACGUCCGACCCCGCCCUGUACACCACCGUCAACAUCCACACGGCCAAGUGCGCCAUCUGCGACCUCCGCAACAUGGCAACCAUGCGCCGUUGUCCCGGAUGCACUUAUCAAGUCUGUACACCUUGCUUCGACGCUCGAAACGGCGCGCCCUUGGUGCAUGGAAAUCUGGGGAUUGCGACGACGCUGAGUGCGCUUGGAUUGCCCGUCACACCCGUCAGGAGGAAGAUAUUGAAUCGAGCGGAUGGCGGUGUCGGCGGAGCGGCUGCAGCAUCCUCGAAUGUUGGAAGUGCAUCUGCUGGUUCCAGCGGUAGGACGGGGAAAGGCAAGCGCGAUGCUGCAGCAAACACUGAUGUCCAUGGCUCACCGACACCAGCAACUGCAACGAAGAAACGAGCCGCCCCCAAGCGCCGCCAAAAUAACAAACGGAAGGGCAAGGGUCGAGUGAUUGACGAGUCCGAUGCUGAAAAGACCGAGUCCGUCAUGGACGAUGCCGACGAUGAUGUGUUCACUGAGACUGAAGCGUCCUCAAAGCGACGCAAGACGCUUUAUGGGUCUAAAAGCCCCGGGACGUCCAAUGCCGGACUGGAGAACUUGACCAUCAGGUCGGAAGUCGGCAGACCACAUGUUCGGGGGGGAGCAGUACGUCAAACAGUGGCUGGGCGCAUCGGCGGCGACAGCACGAUCCAAGAACUACUCGAACUCCACGGCGUCGAUCGUCCCGAAAACCGGUACACCGAACACCUGCUGAGUCGCAGUCAACCCAUCUGCACGUUUCCACCCAUGUCGACGGUUAGUUUCCCGUGCAAGCUCUUUUUACCGCGUCCUUCGGCAGCUGAUAUUCACAAGACCAUUCAGGACAGAGCUAAGGCGUAUUUGCGGGAGCAAUCAGUGUAUGUUGGCGGUAGCAAGUCCAGAGAAACUGAGCAGAUGUCAACCUCUCCUUACACCAUCCGCGAGUAUAUGAACAACCACGACGCCCGCCGCUUCCGGCAGGGGACUGUUGACAGCGACGUUGAGAUCGCCCUGCAGGGCGGUCUUAUCUUGGCUGUCCAGCCGUGGGUUACCAAAAUCAACGAGGCUCUCCCUCCGGGUGUGCGUCGGGAGUUCACACUCACUUUUGAUUCGACCUUUGAUUCUCUAUCACUUCCGCAGCGAGCCGAACUGGAUCGGUUGAUCACAGACACCACUGCUCGCAUUCUGAGCCAGUUCGAGGUGGCAAGGAACUAUGUGCCGGGAACUCCGAGCAAGCAAGUGCAAGAAUCAGCAAUCGCGUUGACCAACAUGUCCGGAAAGGCACCGCCGCUUGGGCUGUUCAGUGUCACGCCUCCAAGACCGCGUCAGGAGCACGCCAGGACUAGCCCGAUCAAGCCGCGUCAGGGCUCCAGCUUGCCGCCGGCGGGCCUCUUCCGCGCUACUCCGCCUCGAACUGGCUCAGAUCCUUUCGCAGAUACGGCCCGUACAGAGCAGGAUGGAGGUAAUCGGAUAUUCCAAGAGGCCGAGCCACACUAG